AUGGAUUACAAAAUAUUUUCCUGGAACUGUAGGGGUGCAGGUGGAUGGAGAUUCCUCCGUAUGUUCAGUGAGUACAAAAGACGGUUCUCUCCGCAGAUUACCAUCAUCGUUGAACCUAAGAUCAGCGGCGAUACUUCCCUGAGAGUAAUCCAUUCAAUGGGUUACGACCGAGAGCUUGUGGUGGAUGCAGUAGGCUUUUCCGAGGGUAUCUGGGUCCUUUGA